AUAUCUUGUGACUCAUUUUUAAUGAUCUGAAACGUUAUCUUUGUGAAGAAAAGGUUUACUUAAAACAGAAAUCGAUAAGCAAAGGAACAAAUAGUUUAGGGGUCAAUUAAAUGGGGGUCACAUGACAUCUGGCCCGCCCUGUACAUGUACGGUACUUUGACUCACUCUUGCAAACGACGCUGUAUUUGCAAUGCAGUACUACAAUAUUGCUUCAAAUUGAUAUUUGAAUUGAUAGAUUCGUUGAUUGGUUUCUACGUGAUACCACAGUUGUUGAUUGAAUUCAGUGCCUAAGUGAAAAUUUGGACUUUUAAAGUUUCAAUUAAACUAUUUAACACGUAGGCUGUCGCGACCAAUAUUAUGCAUAAUAAACAUUUUUGGGUUCAUUAACCUAGCUUUACCUGACCAGCUGAAAGCUCAUUGAUGAUAUUCCAUAACGGUAGAUAAUUCUGAGCACAUCUGUGAAUUUUACAAUUUCCCAGGUGAGUAAAUAUUUGUGAUUUGGAGGAAGUUACGAUACUUGUACAGUGCACAAUUACACUCUUACGAAUAAUAAUGAUUACAUCAUCACAAACAUGAUCUUCAGCUAAGGUCCAUUAUAUAGCAGGCAGAAUGCUUGCUCAUCACCAAUGUUUGAAAUAUUAACAUUCCCAUCUUGGGUCGCAAGUCUACCCCCCAAGAUUAUACUAAUUUUAUCGAGGGCAGAUGGGCUGGCUGACUAGGAUUUAAACUCAAAUUUACAGCUAACGCUCUAAUACUGCAAAGUAAAAUAAAAGCUAUAAGAGCAAGCACAAAAUACUCUACUGGACUGUGCCAGGGUACGAACCGUGCCGUUGUUGCUUAACAGUAAAAUCCGAACAUUACAGGGGCCGGUCUAGAUGAGAUGUGACACGUGAUCAGGUAUGCCCCCCCCCCGCCCCGCCCCACUAUCAGCCGCACAGGUAACGACCGUCUCCAGGAAAAACAUAGCGCCUACCACACACACACACACAGCACGCUCACCUGGCUUACAACACACCCAGUGUACAGGUAUAUGCACCUGGUUGGUGGCACACCUGUGGGAAGCUGGCAUUACUCUGACCUGGGAAGCACGCUGAAGCUGAGGGAAGACAUGGAGGUGGGAAACUCGAUGCUGGACGACAUGGCGAGGCUGCAGCUCCGAUUCCUCGAGAAGAGGUUGGAGCAAGAAGCACAAGAUGAGGACGAUAUUCCUGAUGAUUCAAGUCGACCCGAAAGCCCAGAGCCAGGAGCCCCGGUGGCACGAAGGGCACUGCACAGUGCACUACAGCGGCGUUCCGAGCUCCUCCGUGACUUGCGAGAGCACGAGAUGCUGCGGGAGAUGCCCCGGCCACGCACGUGGGGCGGAGGCUCCGGCUACCGGCGCUACCGCAGCCUGGAGCCGCUGGAGAUGCCCUACUCCCAGUUCCAUCCGAUGGAGGCUCACGAGCAUAUGGGCUACCACCCUCCGCCGCAGCAGCAGCAGCCGCAGCAGCAGCAGAUCCUGUACCAUCACACGCAGGAGUCGAUGCCUCCUGAGCAUCAGCAGCCACGCAUCAUUCACCAAACGAUGCCCGGACCUCCAGCCACAAUCAUCCAGCAGCUCCCACCGCAGCAGCCGCUCAUCCACCACAUCCCAGCCGCCCUUCCGGCACAGGCCCCACCACAACAGCGCGGCAGCAUCAAGGAAGACAUGGUGGAGAUGAUGAUGUUCCAGAACGUGCAGAUGCACCAGAUAAUCAUGCACAACAUGAUGCUCAACGCCUUUCAGCCGCACGGCCUGGGCCCCCCUUCGACACCGACUACCGCGCAGGAGCCCGCCGUGCCGGCAAUGAGGUUCGACAAGCAGAGGCAGUCGUCGGUCCACCACCACCACUACCCGCCGCCGAUGUUGCCGCCGCUGCCCGCGAUGCCUCCGAUGCCCAUGUGGCCGGCGCCACCCAUGGCCCCACUGCCGCCGCCACCACAGCCACCGCCCCGGCCUCCGUCGGCGAAUCUCCCACCGAUAAUCCACCACACGAUGGGCGCGACGCGCAAUGUGGCCCCGACGCAUACUGUAGUAGACGCCAGGCCAUCCCACCACCUCCACCACCAAGCGCCACUGGGACUGUAGGUGCCAACGUCUUGCCGGCACAAGAAUAUUACGACUUCUCGCAAGAUUGACAGCAGCAGCAGCAGCAGCCCAAAUCACCAAGCCCAGAGCUGCCUCGGGCCUGCGACAGGGCGAUUACGCAACAGCGACGCACGCUGGCUCAGUGGCCGCCCCACGUGCAGCGGGACACUCGCCAGCCGAAAUAAUCUCCGUCUUACUCCUAUUGUCAAACACACAUUCCACCUUGGCGCGGGUAAAACAAUGUCAGAAUGUGACCGCACUCCGCGAGUGUGCGCGCCUGCGUGUGCGCGUGUGCGGACUUUACACGUGCCAACAACGUCCGUCCCUUCCCUGGGCCUUCCCCCAGCUGCUCGGCUCAACACAUUCCCGUUCCAACUCCAGCUGGAUUUUCCUCUCAUUUUUAGAACCCUCCUCAAUUGCCCCAGUAUUAUUAUUAUUGUUGUUGUUCUUCCCCCACCUGGUACCUCUCUGUUAAUUGACUGCAUACAUCCGUGCAGUUAUUAUUAAUCCCCCCUCACCCGUCAUUCCGCACCUCCGAUUAACACGGUUGGCUGCGUAUGUGUGCGAAAGAAGUUCAACAUACGUACAUUCUACACUUUUUUUUUCCACGCGCCCUACAACUCUCCCUCCGUGAUUUGCCGACACACCGGGCCAUUAUCCCUUAUUACUCACACUCGCCUCUUAUUUUAUUAUCGGUCGCUAUAUUUGUAUGGAACGCAAUUUUGCGCGGCUCACUCGCUAAAAUAAUCGUGAUAUCCAACGACCUACCUCGGAU